AUGGCUCUACAAUGCGGCUCACAUGAGCGCCUCGAUGUGGACAGCGAACUCGUCCCCGCUCUCGGAGCAAGGCAGGUGACGCAAACAAGAGCAACGCUUCACCGGCUGGCCUGUGCGCUUAGCACUUUCGGUGCCGCAUUCUUGGCAUUGGCCGCAGUAGCUCUCAUUCCGAUCGGUGGUGACCAAGACAGGGUUGAAACAACCCCCCAAGAAGUGUCUGUGGAGGAUGCUUGGCAACCACGCGGCCUUUCUCCUCCUGCACUUUCUCCUCAGAUAUCAUGUGCGCUUGUCACAUGUGGUGACUUCGCAACUACCCUUAGCAAAUGGGGCAAGUGUGAGGGACCGGCAACUUCUGCUGAUUGCUUCGAGAAGUGUUGCGGCGACAUCAAAUGCGCUUACAUUCCUGAUUUCUCUUGUGGAGCAGAAAGCUUCCCUGGCCUCAAUGCAGGCCUCACCAAGAGGCACAUUUCCUAUUGGAAGUCAGGCAAGGAGAAGAAGAAAUGCAAGGGAGAGGAAAAUUGCGUCGACGUCUGUUGUCAAGGCCUGUGCGCUGACGUCCAGUGUCAAGCACCAACGCCUUGUCACAGACCGUUCCCUCCAGAGAGGUGCACUCCUUCCACGUGUCAACAGCAGUGCUGUUAUGGGGACGAUUACUGCGGUAAUGGUCUCAACGCGUGGACUGAGGCAUGCAAGCAGUGCGACUCAUUGACAGGUUACUGUGAGAGCAAGCUCAACCUUGAUUAUGAGACCACGCCCAGGGAGGAGUGGAACAAGGCUGCAUACAAAGCAGUGAUGAAGGGCCACGUGGAGCCUGGUUGUGAGGUGAGGUCCACACCAACUUGCGAGAAGCUUCUCCAUUUCAAUUUAAAGACCGUUUUUCCAUUCCACAAAAAUGGCGAAGGAGUUUCGGUGAACGGGCUGGAUGUGAUUGCGGGUGGCACUCAAGCAGUCAGCGGUGGAGAUGACAAGCUCGUCUUCAUUUGGAGGAUUGCAGAUGGUCACAUAUUGAGAAAUUACUCGGCCCAUUACAGUGCAAUUCGCACGAUCUCCACAUUCAAUGAUGCCACUUUCUUCUGCGCGGCCAGCCACACGGAGGCAAUUGUUUGGCGCAAUUCCGGUCCCCAGGAUUCGGGAAUCCUGGCUGAGGAGUACACGACCGACAACCCAGCAGAUAUUGAGACCACUUCCUGCAUUGGCAUAAACACGUGGGAAACGGCCAUUGUUGGGCAGAACGACAGCUUCGCUGAGAUCUGGAAGUGGAAAGCAGAACAGACACUGCAAGUUCCUACGAACCCAAAGGUCCAAUGGAAAUGGCAGAUUGACAAAGAUGCCGGCUAUGUUCGCUGGGGGGAUAAGUUCAAAGGCCAUCCCAGCGACUGGAAAAAAGCUUUCACAGAUUGGAGGAAGAACCUUUUCGGGCUGAACCACCGUCGGCUGCAAAGCAACGCUUCCGAGGAUGCGUCGGCACGCCGGCUUCGUCCUGCUGACAGAACUGCACCCUGGACUAACUGGUUCACCAACACGCGUUGGGGCGAUGUCCCUGUCUAUUACUACCAGCCAGACAAUUGGGGACCCAUUACAAGUCUGGCAGCAAUACCUUUUGAUACUCUUUUUGCCGUAGGCUAUGGCUUGGGCAGCAUCCGAGUCUGGAUCACCUACAACGGUUUCCUGAAGAGCAUCAUCCCACAGGCCCAUGAUGGAGCGGUCACAGCAAUGGUGUCAGCUCCGGCCGGGAACGUCUUAUACUCUGGCGGAGCAGACGGCAUCGUUCGAAUGUGGAAUGUUUUCACGGGAAAAUUUCAGGCAGAAAUGUAUGCAGCCCAUGCGGGACCUGUGAGGUCUCUGGCAGUGAUCCCAGGUGGCAACAACAUCUAUUCAGGCCAUGCGACAGGCCUCCUGCUACUUUGGAUUCCUGCCAUCCAGAAGUUGUGGUGCCACCUAGAUACAAAGGCUGGCUCCGUCAAUGCCCUUGCAGUGAAUCCAGCUGUUGUAGGCCAGGUCCUGCUCGCCCUGGAGGGCGGUGAAGCCAGAGUGUACGAGAUGAGAUGA